AUCUUGCACACUUGGGGCAUCCGCCAUAGUCUAUUCGUUAAACGUUCUCUUUCAUAAAGCAGCGGUCAAGGUGACCCUGCUAUAAAAUUGAGAAGACAUCUUUCUUUAUCAAGAUCAUCAUUUCAUAAAAUUACCAUAUAAUGUCUGGAAAUUGGAACAAUAACCGUGGCGGUAGCGGUGGUUCCAAAUUUGGAGGAGGAGGUGGAGGAAGAUUUGGAAAUAAUGGUGGUGGUGGCGGAGGCGGAAGAUUUGGAGGCGGUGGUGGCGGCGGUAGAAAAGAAUUUUCAGGUGGUCAAAAUAUGCGAAAACCUAACUGGGAUUCCAUGUCGCUACAACCUUUUAACAAGGACUUCUACAAUCCUGCACCUACAAUACUUAACAGAUCAGCUUAUGAAGUUGAAGAAUAUAGAAAUGAACAUGAAAUCACCAUAAGUGGUGUAAGCGUUCCAAACCCAAUUCAAAAUUUUGACGAGGCCAACUUCCCAGACUAUGUUCUGCAGAGCAUAAAAAACUCGGGGUACAAAGAUCCAACCCCAAUUCAAGCACAAGGCUGGCCCAUCGCUAUGUCAGGCAAAAACUUAGUUGGAAUAGCCCAAACUGGGUCAGGAAAAACCCUGGCUUAUAUUUUACCAGCUAUUGUACAUAUCAAUAACCAACCACCUAUUAGGAGAGGUGAUGGUCCUAUAGCUCUUGUUUUGGCACCUACACGUGAACUGGCUCAACAGAUUCAACAAGUUGCAACUGAUUUUGGAAAUGCUGCAUAUGUCCGAAACACGUGCAUUUUUGGUGGAGCCCCAAAGAGAGAACAAGCACGUGACCUGGAGCGUGGUGUUGAAAUUGUCAUCGCCACACCUGGUAGAUUAAUUGAUUUCCUUGACAGAGGAACCACAAACCUCCAACGUUGCACGUACCUUGUGCUUGAUGAAGCUGACCGUAUGUUGGAUAUGGGUUUUGAACCACAAAUAAGGAAAAUCAUUGAACAAAUUCGCCCAGACCGACAAACUUUAAUGUGGUCAGCGACAUGGCCUAAAGAAGUCAAGAAGCUGGCUGAAGAUUAUCUUGGUGACUAUAUGCAAAUCAAUGUUGGAUCUAUGCAGUUAUCUGCUAAUCACAAUAUUCUUCAAAUAAUUGAUGUUUGCCAAGAACACGAAAAAGAAAACAAAUUAAAUACACUCCUUCAAGAAAUUGGAGAAAGUCAAGACCCUGGAUCCAAAACUAUUAUAUUUGUUGAAACUAAAAGAAAGGUAGAAAAUAUAACUAGAAAUAUUAGACGCUAUGGAUGGCCAGCAGUUUGUAUGCAUGGGGAUAAAACUCAACAAGAGAGAGAUGAUGUACUCAGGCAAUUCAAACAAGGCAGAGCUAGCAUUCUUGUUGCUACUGAUGUUGCUGCCAGAGGACUUGAUGUGGAUGGUAUUAAGUAUGUUAUUAACUUUGACUAUCCGAACUCAUCUGAAGAUUACAUUCAUCGUAUUGGAAGAACUGGUAGAUCAAAAUCAAAAGGAACUUCGUACGCAUUUUUCACACCAUCAAAUUCGAGACAAGCCAAAGAUCUUGUUUCUGUCCUACAGGAAGCAAACCAGAUGAUCAGCCCCCAGCUUCAGUCAAUGGCAGAUAGAUGUGGAGGUGGUGGUGGUGGAUGGAACAGAAGUAGGUUUGGAGGUGGCAGCAGAGGUGGUACUUUUAAGAGAGGUGGAAAUUUUGGUAGAAGUAAUGGCUCUAACAGUUCCCACAAAAAAUUUAAUGACUAUUGAAGUAGAAUAAUUUUAAGUAGCUAAUCCUCAUUAUUAAGUGUAUGUACUAUUUAAUGUGUGAAACUGAAGUAAGUGUCUGAAUUGCAAUUGCCCUAAUUGACCAAAAAUGUGUGGUGAUUGUUUAGUACAAGUGUACAGGUGCAGAUGGCAUCUGCAUUAUUGUUUAUUUUUACUUGUUGCUCUGUGAUAAUUUUGUGAGGACGAGCUAAUUUUAAGUUUUUGUACCUACUUCAACUCAUUAGUUCAAUUGAUAUCUUUUUUUUUCUGCUGUAAAGAAUAAACCUACAAGCUGUCAUUCCAAUCUGAAGAAAUAAAAUAAUAUAAUGGUAUGAA